AUGGCGUCGGCCAAGUCGUCACGGUCGCGGCCCGCGGGCCACUCGGGGGUGUUCCCCGUGGGCAGCGCCGCCGCGGUGGGGAGCGGGGGCGGCGGCGGCGGCGACGGCGGGGUGCAGCUCGCCGACAAGCUCAAGAUCUUCAAGACCGACAACUUCGAUCCCGACGCCUACGUGCAGUCCAAGUGCCAGACCAUGAACGAGAAGGAAAUAAGACAUUUGUGUUCUUAUCUCCAAGACCUAAAGAAGGCUUCAGCUGAAGAGAUGCGUAGAAGUGUUUACGCAAAUUAUGCUGCAUUUAUCAGAACAUCUAAGGAGAUAUCAGACCUUGAAGGGGAACUACUGUCAAUUAGAAAUCUGCUUAAUACACAGGCAGCUUUAAUUCACGGUCUAUCUGAAGGAGUUCAGAUAGAUUCAUUGACUUCAGGCCCUGAAGGUUCUGCAGAAGACGACAUAUCCAAUGUUGAAGAUCAGGAGCCUUCAGAAAUACAGAAAUGGUCUGCAGAUUUCCCUGACAUGCUUGACGUUUUGCUAGCUGAGCGAAGAGUGGAUGAAGCACUGGAUGCACUGGAUGAAGCAGAACGGGUUGCUGUUGAUGCAAAACGAAAACAGACUCUCACUGCAGCUGAAGUUUUGGCUUUGAAAAGAUCUAUCUCUGAUAAUCGUCAGAGGCUGGCAGAUCAGCUUGCUGAAGCUGCUUGUCAGUCUUCCACUCGUGGUAUUGAGCUUCGAGCUGCGGCUUCUGCCCUCAAAAGACUUGGUGAUGGCCCCCGAGCUCACAGCCUCUUACUCAGUGCACAUAAUCAAAGGCUUCAAUGCAAUAUGCAAACAAUACAUCCAUCUAGCACUUCAUACGGUGGGGCAUACACUGCAGCACUUGCUCAACAAGUUUUUUCAGUCAUAGCUCAGGCACUCAGUGACUCUGUGGAUGUGUUUGGUGACGAGUCAUGUUAUGCAUCUGAACUGGUAACAUGGGCUACCAAGCAGGUUAUGUCCUUUGCGCUCCUGGUGAAGAGGCAUGUGUUGUCCUCUUGUGCAGCUGCUGGAGGCUUGAGGGCAGCUGCCGAAUGUGUUCAGAUAUCACUUGGCCAUUGUUCUCUGCUGGAAGCUCGCGGUCUGUCUGUUUCAUCUGUUCUCCUCAAACAAUUCAAGCCCAGUCUUGAGCAAGCGUUAGAUGCUAACUUGAGGAGAAUUGAGGAGAGUACUGCUGCACUAGCAGCAGCUGAUAACUGGAUACUCACAUAUCCCCCAACUGGUAUUCGUCCAUUAACUAGAUCGUCUGCUGCUAACUUGGCACUUCAGCCAAAGCUCUCUAGCAGCGCACACCGUUUCACUUCAAUGGUCCAGGAUUUCUUUGAGGACGUUGCACCACUACUUAGCUUGCAAUUAGGUGGUUCAACAAUGGAUGGGAUCACACAAAUUUUCAAUUCAUAUGUAAACUUGCUUAUAAGUGCUUUACCUGGUUCCAUGGAUGAUGAAGCUAACUUAGAUGGUUUAGGUCAUAAGAUUGUUAGAAUGGCAGAGACUGAAGAGCAGCAGUUAGCUUUAUUAGCUAAUGCAUCUUUACUAGCUGAGGAGUUGCUACCUAGAGCAGCUAUGAAGUUAUCGUCAAUAAACCAGUCUAUGGAUGAUUUGCGUAAAAAAGGAACAGAUAAACAAAACCGUGUGCCUGAGCAACGUGAAUGGAAAAGGAAACUACAACGAAUGGUGGACAGGUUGAGAGAUAGUUUUUGCAGGCAGCAUGCUCUUGAACUUAUAUUUACAGAUGAAGGUGAUACUCAUCUCAGCGCAGAAAUGUAUAUCAGCAUGGAUAACACUGUUGAAGAACCAGAGUGGGUUCCAUCUCCAAUUUUCCAGGAACUGUAUGCAAAGUUAAACAGGAUGGCAAGCAUUGCUGCAGAAAUGUUUGUUGGUAGAGAAAGAUUUGCUACUUUACUAAUGAUGCGCCUCACUGAGACGGUCAUACUGUGGCUCUCAGAGGACCAGGCCUUUUGGGAAGAGAUUGAACAGGGAGCAAAGCCUUUAGGCCCCCUAGGUCUGCAACAGUUCUAUCUGGACAUGCAAUUUGUCAUCAUAUUUGGGCAAGGUCGUUUUCUCUCUAGACAUGUACAUCAAGUCAUUUUGGAUGUCAUUGAUAGAGCAAUGGCUGCAUUUUCUGCUACUGGAAUGAACCCUGAUAGUGUCCUUCCGGGCGACGAUUGGUUCAUGGAUGUCUCCCAAGAAGUUGUCAGCAUGAUCAGUGGAAGGGGUAGAGCUGCCAAUGGCCUGAAGGAGGCGGCGGCGAGGAUGGGACUGUCCAUUGUAUGUCUGGAAACCGAUGCAAGCAUGGUGAAAUCAGCGAUUGAAGGCGACGAAUACCAGCUGUCGGCACUGGGAGGAAUUAUUACUGAACUCAAACUCGUCCUGCUUUCGGAGUUUAGGCUUUCAUUGUCAAAGAGUAAGUGUCAAGUAAUUGAAACGCCAGCGAUUGUUAAUGAGUACACAAAACCAUAUUUGGAGAAAUUGCAGAAUGGUGUAUGCUUUGGAAUAGUCCAUGAUCAUCAAUUAAAGAUUUGGAUCCUCAAUGAAGCAUGUGGUCAGAUGGAGUGGGUUCUGAAGUAUGAAACUGUGGAUACUGACUAUGAUGAUGAAUCUCUAUCAGAAGAAAAAAAUAUUGAAAUCCUGGAUAGUGACUAUGAUGAAUCUCUAUUUGAAGAAGAAAAUAUUGAAAUCCUGGAUACUAACUAUGACGAUGAAUCUCUAUCAGAAGAAGAAAAUAUUGAAAUCCAGGAUACUGACACUGACGAUGAAUUUCUAUCAGAAGAAGAAAAUAUUGAAAUCAAGGAAACGGACUAUGUUGAUGAAUCUCUAUCAAAAGAAGAAAAUAUUGAAAUCCAGGAAACUGACCAUGAUGCUGAAUCUCUACCAGAAGAAGAAAAUAUUGAAAUCCAGGAUACUAACCAUGGUGUUGAAUCUCUAUCAAAAGAGGGCUAUGAGUGGGACUCUGACAAUGAUGAUACUUUUACUAUUAACACUGAAAGCCAAGAAUACUUCGACAAUGACCAGCAUCUUAAUAUCAUUGGAUUCCAUCCCUAUAAGGAAGUUGUCUUUAUUGUUCAACGAUUUCAAGUUCUUGCCUACCAUUUGAAUAGCACCAAAAUUCAGUAUCUAGGCAACUCGCGCCCAAAAUAUUGCUAUCAUAGCUUUUGGAACCAUAUAUAUGAGUCAUUCCUUUACACUCCAUGCAUGAUUGGAGAUCUGCUUCAUGGAGACCAAACUGGUGGUCCGAGCUAG